GACUCUACGAGAGGAAACCAGUCGACCAGCAGCUUCUCACUCUGAAUGAACCAUUUCUGUCUGUUUCAAUGGUUGUUACUGGGAUUACUGGGAUUACUGGGACCACUGGGACCACUGGGACCACUGGGAUUACUGGUCUGUAAAAGCAGAGCUGCAAAGUUUCAGCAGACUGGAGCUGAUUGAUUGACAGCUGAGCUCUGAUUCAUGAGUGAAAGCAGCUGUUGAUGUUUGCAGAUAUUACUUCCUUAAUACACCUUCCAGGACGUCACGUGAUCCGUGUUUAUCUUCCAGCUUUAGUUCUCUGUGGGGAAAAGUUCCAUCAUGGGGGCCAAAGAGCUCCACGUGACCUCUGACCCCGCGGGGUCGCGACCUUCUGCCCGGCGCCGGAGUCCCUUCAACAGCGUCAAGGUCUUUGUGCUCUGCCACAGCCUCCUGCAGCUGUCUCAGCUCCUGGUGUCGGGUUACAUGAAGAGUUCCAUCUCCACCAUCGAGCGGCGUUACGGUUUCUCCAGCCAGAAGUCUGGUCUGCUGGCGGCUUUCAACGAGGUGGGGAACACGGUCCUCAUCGUGUUCGUGAGUUUCUUGGGGAGUCGAGUUCACCGGCCGCGUUUCAUUGGAGGCGGAGCUCUGCUGGCCGGCGUCGCCUCGCUGAUGAUGACGCUGCCUCACUUCCUGGGAGGAGAAUACCACUACACAGACCGCAUCAGCUCCUCCAGCAAGAACAGCUCCGCCCUCUGCCAAUCAGAGGGCUCCCUUGCCACCUCAUCCUCCAAUCAGAGCUGCAGCCGGCAGGAGAGCCACGCCCAGCUGGAGGUGUACCCUCUGCUGCUCCUGGGUCAGCUGCUGCUGGGCGUGGCCGCCGUCCCCAUCCAGCCCUUCGGCAUCUCCUUCAUCGACGACCACGCCAGCAGGAAGAACUCGCCGCUCUACCUCGGGAUCCUCCUCGCCGUGACCUCCAUCGGCCCGGCCUUGGGCUUCAUCACCGGCUCCUUCAUGCUGCGCCUCUACGUCGACUUUGACAAGUUGUCUCGAGACCAGAUCAAGUUGACCCACCAGGACCUGCGCUGGGUGGGCGCCUGGUGGCUGGGCUUCCUGGUGGCGUCCGGCCUCCUCUUCCUCACCGCGCUGCCGUACCUCUUCUUCCCCAGGAGCAUGACCCGAGAGGACGAGGACGAGGACGACGUCGUGGAGUCCAGACCGCACGGCAAGCAGCAGCAGACGGACCCGGUCCGGGAAGUCUCUCUUCUUCAGUUCCUCAAAAGCUUUCCUUGCAUCGCUCUGCGGACCCUGCGGAGCCCUGUCUACCUGCUGGUGGUUCUGGCGCAGGUGAACCUGGCGGCGCUGCUGUCUGGCCUCGCCACCUUCAUGGCCAAGUUCAUCGAGAGACAGUUCAGCCAGACCGUCUCCUUGUCCACCAUGAUCAUCGGUGGAGUUUGCAUCCCGCUGGCGGUGCUCGGCACCGUCCUGGGUGGAGUCCUGAUGCGGCGGAUGAACCUCUCGGUCAGCGGUGCCAGCAAGUUGUGCACCGCUGCGAUCCUGCUGUGCACGCUCUCCUCCACGCCGCUGUUGUUCAUCGGCUGCCCCACGCAGCAGAUCGCAGGGGUCUUUCCUCCCAGCGAUGCGUUGCUGUGCAGCUCUGGCUGUCGGUGUCCUCAGGAGGCUUUUAACCCGGUCUGUGGUUCCGACGGUGUUGAGUUCAGGUCCCCCUGCCACGCCGGCUGUAUCGCCAUAGAAACGGAUCCAAACAACAACUUCACAAACUACACUGAGUGCCGGUGCGUCGGCGGUCUCGGCUCCGCCGCUCCAGGAACGUGUGGCAGCGGCUGCUCCGGCCUGCUGCUCCCCUUCGUGGCGCUGCUCGGCCUCACCAGCUUCGUGGCCUCCUUCUCCCAGACGCCGUCCUACAUGAUGAUACUCAGGACGGUGCCCACGGAGGACAAGUCUUUCGCUGUGGGGGUUCAGUACAUGCUGUUCAGAGUGCUCGCCUUCAUGCCCGGUCCCGUGUUGUACGGCAGCGUCAUCGACACCACCUGCAUCUUGUGGGGUGAAAAGUGUGGCAAGCAGACUUCCUGUCGAUACUACAACCUGGACCGCUUCAGACAGAGGUUUCUGGGUCUGCAGGUAGUCUUUGUGUGCGGGGGUCUGCUCUGCUUCCUGCUGACGGUCAGGGUUCUGCGGCGGAGAACCGGACUCCAGGAACCGCAGCCGGGGUCUAAAGGAGGCUACGAGCUGGUGAGCGCUUCGUCGAAGGAGAAGGAACAAGAGGAGAUGAAGAGAUGAAGACGAAGGACUCGGCUCUUCCUCCCGUGUGAAGGACCAGUCAGCAGCAUGAUGUCAUGUUACUUUACACUCAAUAAACAUAUUGUGACAAACUGUAUAUUUUAAUAGUUUAAUACGCUGCAGUUCCUCUAACGGCCACUAGAUGCCGCUCAAAAGAAAGUGAAGAGAUGGCCACGUCGGUCCAGAGUGAAAUAUCCCAACCUACUGGAUGGAUGCCGUGAAACUUGUGUCAGACGUUCAUGGUUCUCGGGGGAAGAAACCAACGGACUUUGGUGGUCUUCUGACUCUUCUUCUAGCGCCACCAUCUGGUCAGAUUGUAAAAUUGGUCAAUACUCGCAAUAUAUUUACGAUCCAGUGAAAUAUCUCAGCAUUUACUUGAUGGGUUGGGGCCCAAUUUGGAAAAAGCGUUCAUGGUUCUCAGAAGAAGAACCCUACUGGCUUUGGUGGUCUCCUGACUCUUUGUCUAGCGCCACCAUCUGGUCAAAACUUUAUACAGUCCUACACUACCAAUAUAUGCAGUGGAGGACAAUAUAAAUGGGGUAUAUUUAAAACCUUGUGAAAUAUUUUGGCACGUACUUGAUGGAUUUGGACCCAAUUUAGUAAAAAUAUUCAUGGUUCCCAGAAGAUAAACCCUACAGAUUUUGGUGAUCUUCUGACUCUUUGUCUAGCGCCACCAGCAGGUCAAACUUUAACGUGUCCAACACUUUGGUUUAUGACCAAAGUCCUAAAGAACUACAGAUGGAUGCUGUGUUUCCUGCUCAUGAGCUAAUGUUAGCAUGCUAACACGUUGAUGGUGAACAUGCUAAUGAUUGUAUCUGCAAAACAUUAGCAUGUUAGCAAUUACUUUGGAAAUCACAUGUAUUUCAAGCAAAUAAGCUGUAUAGAAACAGACUUUAAUACUUCUGAACAUGAAUGUGACUUCAUUCUAAAUAAUUUACUGCCGUCAGACGUCUGAAAUGCUUCAGUUCUUCCCGUCACAUUAUUUUGUCUUCACUUCACGUUUUCUUGAAUUUAAUUUGUUGAAUGUUUAUUGUUUGUGUUCCUUAGUUUUGUAAAUGCUGCAUGUAUUUUGUUGUUGUAAAUAAUUGUGUUAAUUGUGAUAUACUUUAUGAAAUGUGAUUA